AUGUCCGACCUCGAUCAGAGAUUUAUACAUAAAAGCACCGUCCGUGGCGCAUCUUUCGUCCAGGAAAUCCUUAACCACUUAAGGGACGAUUCCCAAUCUGAAGUUCAAGGCUCCAAAGGAUUCGAGACAAGCACUACCACCAAACAAUCAUCAAAAAGGAGAAAAGAAGCAGACCGCUCCUACCGACUUCCCAAGUCCUCUCGAACGCAGCCGGAGAUUACCAGAGAUGGGGCUGAAUAUUCAAACGAAGCUUCCAGCGUCAAGUCCCAAGUUGGUGACGACACGGCCACCUGUCAAUCCGGUCACGGCAACAGGACCGUCAUCCAAAGCACCGACAGCCUCGCGACAGAGAAACCUUUUCAAGAACGCGAGAGGGACAUUCCCAAGAUCACUGCUGAGGAAGUUCCUAAGGAAGGAACGGUGCCUCAGGAAGUCGUACCAAGAAGCCAGUCUUUUGCAGACAGCCACACCCUGCCGUCCAUGGGCGGCGAAUCAGCGGUGCAUCAGUUGAAGUCUACGUACAGCAGUGACAACGCCAAAAUGAAUGCAGUCCACAGACAAUUAUCAGUGGCCCUCGACAAGGCGAUUGAGGAUGGUCAAACUACAAUCCGCACUCCCUCGCCAAGCGCAGAACAGCGAGAGACAGCCCUGUCAGAAAUCGACGGGAAAGGAUCUGACGCUCAAGCUUCAUCAGACAUCCCGUCCACACCCGUAGGCAAAAUAAGCAAAGGAUUUCGAUCGCCGAUUUCUGACGAUCAGACCGCCACACCACAAACAACUGUAUUUACGCCUAUCGUGAACGGAAGACUUCUGUCGCUUUUAACCGAAGAUAACUAAGCCGCUUCACCAAUAAAAAUAGAGAUAAAUUUGCCCGAGGAACUUCCCACCCCGUCUUGCACAAAACAACAACAAACGGGUCUAUAUAGCACUACUUCGACAAAAGCCCAAUCAAUCGAUCGGGAAACGUCGCCCCCCACUCAAAAUAGCCCGGCUAAACUAUCGCUAUCCUCACCUGAGAAAACAUUUAUCGACAUAAUCGCCAAAAUAGUCCACCUUCUCUACGUGAUGAGCAGACGCUGCGAAAUACCUAAAGAAAUCCAUUCAAAAAUCCUCACCACGAUCCAACCCAGCCUAAGUAAAACACCUGCUACUGCUGCUACUGUAAAAUGGCCGGAUUCUACAUAUAUCACUAGCAGCUCGACAACUUAGUUAGCCUCUAUGUGAAUCAACAUGCUCAAAGCGGGCCACGCUCGGUCCAAAGAAACAACCAUCCUUAAUAUGAUCGAAUGGAUGGGCGCUUUAGAGUGGUACGACGCCGAAAUUCAAUAGGUU